CGGGUGCGGCGGGCUCCCCGGCCUCGGGGCGGGGAGGCAGCGCGGGCCGCGCAAGUCCCGCGCCCGCCGCUAGAGCCCCUCGUGCGCGGCUCGGCCCAGGCCCCGCUUGCCCGGCCCGGCCCCGCGCGGGGAAACACUCGAGCGCACACAAUGAACUCCGAGGAGGCUGCGAACCCGGCCGGCCGCCGCGCCCGCACCAUGUGAACCACCGCUCAGUGGGGAACGUCAACUUUCCCCCACGGGCGUCCUCUGCAGCCCCGCAGGCCCCGCGCCGCCGUCGGGCUGAGGAGACGCGCUAAAGAAGUAAACAGGUCAUGGCACGUUUAACAAAAAGACGACAGGCGGAUACAAAAGCUAUCCAACAUCUUUGGGCAGCCAUUGAAAUUAUAAGGAAUCAGAAGCAAAUUGCCAACAUUGACCGUAUUACAAAGUAUAUGUCCCGAGUCCACGGUAUGCAUCCCAAAGAGACCACCCGUCAGCUGAGCUUAGCUGUGAAAGAUGGUCUUAUUGUCGAAACUCUAACAGUGGGCUGCAAAGGCUCAAAAGCUGGUAUUGAGCAAGAAGGAUAUUGGUUACCAGGUGAUGAGAUUGACUGGGAAACAGAAACUCAUGACUGGUAUUGUUUUGAAUGCCAUUUGCCUGGAGAGGUGUUGAUAUGUGACCUGUGUUUUCGUGUGUAUCAUUCCAAGUGUUUGUCUGAUGAGUUCAGGCUUAGAGACAGCAGUAGUCACUGGCAGUGCCCAGUUUGCAGGAGCAUUAAGAAGAAGCAUUCAAACAAGCAGGAGAUGGGCACCUACCUGAGGUUCAUCGUCUCCCGCAUGAAGGAACGGGCUAUAGACCUUAAUAAAAAGGGAAAGGACAGUAAACAUCCGAUGUACCGGAGGCUGGUCCAUUCAGCUGUUGACGUCCCUACUAUACAAGAGAAAGUGAAUGAGGGGAAGUACCGGAGUUACGAGGAAUUUAAAGCUGACGCCCAGCUGCUUCUUCACAACACAGUGAUUUUCUAUGGAGCAGACAGUGAACAAGCAGACAUUGCAAGGAUGCUCUAUAAAGACACAUGUCACGAGCUGGAUGAGCUGCAGCUUUGCAAGAACUGCUUCUAUCUGUCAAACGCACGACCUGACAACUGGUUCUGCUAUCCUUGCAUACCUAAUCAUGAGCUGGUUUGGGCUAAAAUGAAAGGUUUUGGGUUUUGGCCAGCCAAAGUCAUGCAGAAAGAAGACAAUCAAGUUGAUGUCCGCUUCUUUGGCCACCACCACCAGAGAGCCUGGAUUCCUUCUGAAAACAUUCAAGAUAUCACAGUCAAUGUUCACCGACUGCAUGUGAAGCGCAGUAUGGGCUGGAAAAAAGCCUGUGAUGAAUUGGAACUGCACCAGCGGUUCCUCCGUGAAGGCCGGUUCUGGAAAUCUAAGAAUGAGGACCGAGGUGAGGAAGAGGCAGAAUCCAGUAUCUCCUCCACCAGUAAUGAACAGCUGAAGGUCACUCAAGAACCAAGGGCAAAGAAAGGACGACGGAAUCAGAGUGUGGAGCCCAAGAAGGAAGUAAGUUGCCCACCUCACAGUGUCCAGGUGGCAGUGGAAAGAGGAAAGAGUCUCACAGUUCGGUCAAGACAGUCAAGUAAUGUCCGUCAAGUGAAGGCCCGGUCUCCCGACUCCUGUCCUUGUGGACUGCUGCUGGACCAGCACACCAGUGCACAGUCUCCGUCCCCAGAACCAGAGCCAGAAACAGAAGCAGUAAGUUCCAGCCAGGAAAUCCCCACAAUGCCUCAGCCAAUUGAGAAGGUGUCGGUGUCAACCCAGACCAAGAAGUUAAGUGCCUCCUCCCCAAGAAUGCUGCAUCGAAGCACCCAGACGACUAGUGACGGCGUCUGUCAGAGCAUGUGCCACGACAAGUACACCAAAAUCUUUAAUGACUUUAAAGACAGGAUGAAGUCGGACCACAAGCGUGAAACAGAAAGAGUGGUCCGAGAGGCACUGGAAAAGCUGCGUUCUGAAAUGGAAGAAGAAAAAAGACAAGCUGUAAAUAAAGCUGUAGCCAACGUGCAGGGUGAGAUGGACAGAAAGUGUAAGCAGGUGAAGGAAAAGUGUAAGGAAGAAUUUGUAGAGGAGAUCAAGAAGCUAGCAACACAACACAAGCAGCUCAUCUCUCAGACCAAGAAGAAGCAGUGGUGCUACAACUGUGAGGAGGAGGCCAUGUACCACUGCUGCUGGAACACGUCCUACUGCUCCAUCAAGUGCCAGCAGGAGCACUGGCACGCAGAGCACAAGCGCACCUGCCGCCGGAAGAGAUGAGCCUGCUCGCCGCCCUCACACGCAGCGGGUUUUCUUUCCAAGAAGCCAAAAUUGUGUAGAAUUUGCUUCCCAUUUUGCACCAGCCUUUAAACACUUUUCGCGGUGAAAUUUUGCACAGUAGUUUAAAUCUUUUGUUAAUGCUCCCCCGGCAUUUUUCGGGGGCUGAAGUAACAUCAAUGGAGGGUAUUACUCUAAAUAAAUUCUAAUUGAAGAUUUGUUGCAUUUUCAGCAAAUUUUAAAACAUUUUUAGGUUUUACAAAGAUUUUAACCUUUAAACAACAGAUCUCAAACAACAACAACCACCACCACAGGUGAAUACGAGUGAGUCUAACAAAGACGGAACAGAGCUGAAUGUAAGAGCGGCAGACGCUUCAGAAGAAAACAGACUACCUGGCCGUGACCUGGCCGUGACCUUGCUGAGUUGGUUUUGUGCAGCUUGUUCACUGUUCACAGGCAUCGCCUGUGGCCGUGCUGGCGGCAUGUGAUUGAAUAUAGGGAACAGGGUUGACACAGCAGGGCUAGCCCUGCAUAUUUUUUCUUAAAUAUUUCCCAAUUGUGUUUUCAUUAUUUCUUUUCAAUAUAUAACUUUUAUAACAAAUUAUUAGCUUUGAUCUUGUAGUUUAAAAUUGCAGGGAAACUGGGGUAAUCUUUUACUGAGCUGGAUCUUAGAGAAAAAUGAAUAUUUAAAUUUUAAAGUUUGCACAUUUCAUCUUUGUCCUGACAUGAGUGCUUGUAACAAAAUCAGCAGCAAAAACAAAAAUCAAAAGCCAAAAACUACCUGUACUCAGAACGUGGAAUACAGCUGAGACAUGGAGUCUCUUCCCUGAGCCCCCCUCCCCAGGGCCACCCUAACCUUACUCCCUGUGUCUCCUCGAGUGGCAGUUACUACUCAGAGUGAGAAAGCACUUAGGUCUCACAGAAGCCGAUGUGUUGUAGGGAAGGGUCAUUGCUACUAACGAACUCCGUCGCUGUACACAGUGAAUAAUGCAUGUUACUUUUCUUGUAUUAAAGAUGCCGUGAUUUGUACAAAGUCUGUAUUUUGCGGGAUGUCUGGUUAAGAAGCAUUACCAGUAGGAAUGGAUCGAUAGUUGAAUAACUUUUUUUUAUAUAUACAUAGAUAUAUAAAAGACAACCAGGAAAAUUAAAUUUCUUUAAAACUAUCUCACAAUUUGGGUUUUUUCCCCCCUCCAAGACCGAUCAUAGAUCAAACCAAAUUCCCACUUUAUCCUUUUGUUAUUUUUUUGAGGUUAGAGAAAUAAUUUGUAAAUAUUUAUUUAGACCUCUGAUAUUUAUUAAAGGAAUUACUCACAACAGAAGUGAAAGAAGUCGGGAGAAAAGCCUUUUAAAAAAGUUUUCUCCGGUCCAUCAGGGUCACUCUAAAGUGAAAGCUAAGGAGUCUUCUGUGAAACCUCCUCCAUCAGGCCUGAUGCUGUUGCAGAUGGUGGUAACACAAGUUAAUUGACAAACUACUGGCAAACGGAGCACACUCUUUUCUGGAAGGCCACCAGGAGCCCAUCACCUCCUCCAGGCUCUGCAGUAACUGCAGCAGCUGGCAGCAGCGCUCCCUCCUCGCUGCCGCAGACCAUCCUUGCCGCUGCGCUGCUGCCCUGACCAAGGACACUGACAGUCUUUGUUUUCAGGUUUUCAAACUUCGAUCCACCCUGUGAAAGCAAGUUAUUGUGGGGAUAUUUUUGGUGUAAAAUCAUUCCAGAGUAUGUACUAUUUACCUGAUAGCUGCAUGAAAGUGAGGUUCCUGUUCCUUUGGCUUCUUGUCUCUGUUGACACGGCUGCACAUUUCCAAGUUACUACAGUGUGAAAACUGUGUGUUUAAAAAAAAAAACAAAAAAAAAAACAAAAAAAAAAAACAAAAUUAAAAAAAGAUUGUGGCCUGGUUUUGUAAAAGUUUUAGGUAAAAUUAUAAUUGAUUGUUUUAGGAAUCAUUAAAUUUUUCUGCAAUCAUAAAGCUCUAUCAAGUGUUGAGUUAAGCCACUCUGCACAUUGUAAGUACCCAUCGUGGCUGUCCAGUUCUAUGAUGCAUUCUGGCAUUUUGUAAGCUGCUCUGACUAGCAAUAUAUAGAUUUCAUUUACUGUGUUAACAUUGGUUAAUAAAUGUAUUUAAAAAACAACAA